AUGAUGACGUUGGCAGGAACGUUCGGCGUGACAGAGGCGUGUAUUUCUCAGUUCUUAAAGCGUUUGAAAGCUCAAGAUGGCUCUACUAAGGGCCAACGCACUGGAAGACCACGUGUCUCUGAUCUUAAUGACGAUAGAAACAUUUUGAAGACGCCUAGAACCAAUCCAAGACUCACCGCCCUUGCGAUCAGACGGGAAGUUUUCUUGAAUUCGCCAUAUCUGCCAUCCGUGUCGACCGUGAAACGACUUCUGAAUGCUGCCGGAAUAAUGGGAAGACGUGCAGUGAAAAAACCGCUGAUUUCUGAAAAGAAUCGAGCUGCCAGGGUGAAGUGGGCGAAGGAGCAUCUCAACUGGACCCGUCAAGACUGGAACAAGAUUCUGUGA